AUGAGCAUCAAGGCGUCGAUGAAAGGCAACUUCAGCUCAAGCUGUCUCAUUAGUUCAUCAAACUUGGCCUUGUGUGCUUCCAACAGUUGUUUCUUGAACCUUCCUGGAAAGGGCAGAGGGGGUUUGUAUGGUGGUGGUCCUGCUGGAGUGUCUUUCUUCUUUGCAACAGGUUUAGCUGGUUGGCUGGAGCUUGCUUUGUCUGUUCUCUUCUCAGCUCGAUCGAGCUCUGGUUUGUCUUCUGAGUCUCGGUUUCUCCAGCUCGAUCGAGUUCUGGUUCAGGGUUUUGUUCCAGCUCGAUCGAGUUGGUGCCGGGAUGUCAUACUCGACCAAAUCCUCCCCUUCCUCGUCAUCGAUGUCCACAGCGAUUUGGGGUGGGCUACUCUGCUUGGAAAUUGUCGCCCACUUCUCAGUGUAACUGCUUGGGCAUACUCUUGA